GAGCGAGGCUGUGUUCACGAAGUAGGAUUUGAACGUGAAGGCUGGAUCCGCUCUAUGCUUGGCUGCUACGAUCGAUUCCGCGGCGGAUCCAGAUCCCAACCAACUUGGUAGAGCGGGUCCCGAGGCUUGAGAGGCUGAUGAAGAGCGACGCAUACAAGGCUGCAUUUUUUCAAUUUUUGGGUUGAACAAGACAACCUGUCGUGGGGGAAUGCUUCGCUCUCCAAUACUGUGAGGAAGCUACAACGCGAUGUCGCCAAGGUUCGUCCUUCUUCGUGAAUUGGCCAGAAUUUCGUAUUUCUCUUUACAGUCUCUUUAAGAGGAUGAAGAAACUUCCAGAGUCAUGGCCGCAGCAGCUCCACUACUCGCAUUUUUCACAACCCAUAUAAUGUACCUCAACUUUUACAAGAUCAGAUGGACUACGGAUGGAACAUAAUAGUCUAAGUCUGUGUUGCAAUGGGUAUCACCCAGCUUCUCACGUCGGCGAUUUUGGCAGAAGUGAGCCGCCAUCUGCCUCGAUGGAAGGUUUGCAUACUAGUAAUCGGAGGCGGACUGGGCGUGCUGCUGGAGAUGAGAUCUACGACUUCCCUCCAUACAAAGGCUACUUCGAUGCUCAUUCAAUUUGGCAUGCCACAACCAUUCCUCUCACAUACGUGUGGUGGAGCUUCGUUAGAGAUGAUGCUGACCUCACCAUCUCAUAGACUCACCCUGAUAAAGUCUUGAUGGUUUUGUAAUUUUAUUUUAAUAGUUAGAAAUGAAAUGAAAAGUUUAAA